AUGACUACGGCAGCGGUAUUCGGAUGCACGGGGGCAGUUGGAUCUCAGAUCCUGGCUACACUCCUCGCGUCAGACGCAUUUUCAACUGUGAAGACUAUCUCCAGGAGACUCCCCAAAGCACAGUCAGCUAAGCUUGAAGCACUCGAGGAAAGCGACACCUCAAAAUGGGGAGGCAUGAUCUCAUCUCUGUCCUCCAAGCCAUCAAUGGUUUUCAACGCAGUUGGUACUACGAAAGCGACGGCGGGUAGCAUCAAGAAUCAGUGGAAGAUCGAUCAUGAUUUAUGUGUCGAGAAUGCGCGAGCAGCUAAGGAAGCAGGCGUGAAGACGUACAUUUAUAUUUCUAGUGGAGGCACUAGAAGCUUCCUGUGGGGUUGGGUUCCAUACUCGAAGAUGAAGGUUGGCGUCGAGGAUGCCAUCAAGGAGCUUGGUUUUGACAAUGCUAUCAUUCUGAGACCGGGGAUGAUUAUCGGAAGGGAGGAGUCCAAGUCUUUUCUUUUAGAAAAGUUUGUGGAAGGCCUUCAAAAGCUGGGACAGGGUGUCCAGGACAAAGUUGGUCAAAACCAAACGACUAUUGGUAGAGCAGCUGUAGCAGCUGCCCGUGUGGCUGAAGAGGGCAAAGCCCCAUCGAACUAUUGGGUUCUGGAACAGGCUGAUAUUGUUAGGCUUGGUAGAGAUGAGUGGAAGGAGUGA